GCCCUCGGCCCCAGAUGGACCUCCCGGCGGAGGAUGGAGCUGAGGCACCCCAGAUGGGGAGCCCCGAGGCUGAGGGGCCCGAGGGGCCGCAGCGGCCGGCGGGGCAGUGGUCGGGGGCCGAGGUGGGCUCGUGGCUGGCGGCGCACGGCAGGGACGCGGCGCUGGAGGAGCUGGCUCGGGAGCACGCCCUGACGGGCCGGGGGCUGCUGCGCCUGACCGAGGGGUCCCUGCGGCGCAUGGGGGUCAACCGGCGGAACCGGCGCCGGGAGCUGCUGCGGGAGCUGCUGCGGCUGCGGCUGCAGCAGGAGGUGCAGGAGCUGCGGAGCAUCGCUGGCGAGUGAAGAUGAUGUCCCUGUGGAUGUCCCAGAGCCUGUGGGAGCAGAGGAGAUGGCAUGUGAGGACAAAGCAGCUGGGACUGAGCAAGACAAGCAGGAACAGUGCUGGAGGAGCCCUGAGAUCACUGUGACCCCUCCAAAAAAAAUCCAGAGCCUGCCUGCUGCAGGAAUUGAUAAGGACAGCAGAACCUUAGAAGAAAAAUUUGAUCCACGAGGCUGGGAAGUUACCCCAAGCAGGCAGAAAGCAGUCCCAGAACUGAUAUUGUGUGAAAUAGGGGGUCACAAACACAAAGGCACUCAUUGGAGUGCUGAAAAACUUUUGCAACAUUUGCAAAAAUCUAUUAUUGGGUCUAAAAUGGCUCAGAUUGUGCAAUCAAGAAUCCAACAAAGCGUAGUUUAUUAAAGAAACAGCCCUAACAAGGCUAACAAAAUAAUGCUGGGAGCCAUAAAACCUGGAAAUGUUCUGGGUGAACACUGGCAGAUUGAUUUUACUGAAUUGUCCAGACAAGGAGGGGGUAUAAAUCCCUCCUAGUUCUGGUGGAUACCUUUUCUGGGUGGCCAGAAGCCUUCCCUUGUCACACCAGCCAGGUUCGGGAAGUGACUAAAGUACUGUCAAAUCAAAUAAAUACAAAACCCCAAAAAUACAAUUAAUAAAAAAUCGGAGGUACCUUUGGGAAUGUCAUCAGACAUAGAUUCCCAUCUUAUUGCAGAAGUGAUACAACAACGUAGGAAAACCUUGGGAAUAGCUUGGGAUCUUCAUACUCCUUAUAGGCCCCAGGCUAGUGGCAAAGUGGAGUGAGUGAAUCACACAAUCAAAUUGCAAUUGGGUAAAAUAUGUCAGGAAAGCUCCUUGACCUGGGUCCAAGCCUUACCUGCUCUACUUCAAAGCAGAAUUCAGCUGUGGGGCACCGGCAAAAAUCUGAGCUGCUCUGUGGUCGACCCUACCAAGUGCCACACUCCAGGAAACACACAUGUUAAAAGGAGGGGUUGAUUUGAAUAAUUACCUCAUUUCUCUUACUAAAACCUGACAGGAUUUGCAGUGGUUGGACACGGCAUGAGAUCCAGCAGGAGAUUGGGUCUGUUUGAAUGACUGGGGAACUGCUCCACUCCAACCAAAGUGGAAGGGACCUUUUCCAAGCACUGCUGACAACUUUUACUGCCUUGAAACUGCACAAAGUAAAAUUUUGGAUACCUUGUUCCAGAAUUAAAAGGGCCUAAGCCCCUAGGGAAGAAGUCAAGAGCUUGUCAGGAGCUGUUUUACAAAACCAAAUGGUGAUAGCCCUUGUUUUAGCAUCACAAGGAGGAAUAUGGACUGUCAUUAACUCCAGUUGCUGUGUAUUUACUGCUCAAAAGACAUUGUAGAGUGCCUACAGAUGUCCAGGGAGUCUGGAAAUGAACCCACAUUUUACAACCCACAGCUCAAGAUGCCACCUCCUGGGGAUUUGAAGAAAUCUGGACCAAACGUCCUUCAUGGGUACCCAGCUGGACUUGGUGAAACAUCUGUUUAUAAUCAUGAUGUUUAUAAUCUGUUUAUAAACAUCUGUUUAUAACCACCACCUUAAUAAUUGCUGUAUGGUUUUAGCCAGCAUCAAGAUUCAGUGUUGCAGCUGUUUUAAUGCCUUACACUCUGAAAGGAAAUAAAAAUCUCAGGAGACUGGUUCCCACAAGGAACUUAGAAUCAAGAAGAGGAGGGAUUUUAUAAGGACAGGAGAACAGCACAGCCUAGGAGAAACAGGUAAAGGGUGUAACUCAGGCAAACAGAAGUCACGAAAAAUGGAAGCAGGAUGCCAGCUCAGCUCUGCAAGGCUGACAAAGCAGAAGUUAUGCAAAACAAGGAUAUUUCCCUUACUCAAAAGUGGGGGUCAAGGAACAUGCCCCUAAAAAGGACACGGGGUAUUAAAGACAAAACCACAUAAGGACUUCUGGUAAAGGAUGAGACAGCAUAAAAUAAAGUCAAGUAAGUGGGGAUAGCUAAUGAAUAUGCAAUCAAUGUGUGUGAUAAAAGCUCUGUUCAUACAACAGUCAGACUUGAUUGGAGGAAGUAUGCCCCAAAUUACCAGUUCUGCAAUAAAGAAUGGCAGACAUCUCCCAUGCUACAAGUUGAAUAACAACUUUUAAUCCUUUUCUUCUUAUUUUCCUUCUCUAAAGCCAAAAUCAAAGGUUGGAAAAGACCUCCAACACCCUCAAUUCCACCUCUCACCAAAAAAACUUUCACCCCAAACCAGGCAGCAGCAGUUUCACUUUCACACGGCUGCAGGAAAACACAUGAUUUCCAGGAAAGCAGUAGCUGCUCCCUCACUGUCCCUAUAAAAGGGGAAGCAGAUCCCUCCAAAGGAGCCAGAGCUGGGUGGGCUGUGCUGGAUUUCAAGAACGGGAGCUGCGGAGCCCGGAGG